AUGGCUCUCCAGGCUGAAAACGGAAAUGAACUCCGGAUCGUAUUGUUUGGAAAAACUGGAGUAGGAAAAAGCUCAGCUGGGAACACCAUCUUAGGAUCAAACCAGUUUCACACAGAACUCGGUUCUUCAUCAGUUACCAGAUGCUGUCAGAAACAGAGUUCUACUGUCGGGGGGAGAACAGUGAGAGUUGUAGACACUCCAGAUUUUUUCUUUAACACUUAUGAAGAAGAUCUGAGAUCAGAGAUAGAGAAAAGUGUGAUGCUGUCCUCUCCAGGAGUCCAUGCCUUCCUCUUCAUACUGAAACCCACCACCUUUACCAAGCAAGAAGCAGAUAUGGUGCUGCUGUUUGAGCAGAGUUAUGGAGAGGAAGCGUUUAACCACACUGUAAUCCUCUUCACACACGGAGAUCAGCUGAAUAACUCACAGAUACAAACACUGAUCUCACAGAACCAGAUGUUAGAGAAUCUGGUAAAUCUCUGUGGAGAAAGAUUUCAUCUACUCAAUAAUAAAGAUCCAGAUAACAGACAGCAGGUGACUGAGCUUCUGCAGAAGAUAGAUCACAUGGUGUCUGAGAAUGAGAGCAGAUGCUACACACUGGAGACGCUGCAAGAGGCUGAGAGGAAAGCAGAACAGCAGAGAGAAAGAAUUGUAGAAGAGCAACGAAGUAUUCCAGUCCUGGGAGAACUGUCUUGA